AAAAUACAAAAACAAAAAUAGAUUAGCUAAAUAAAAAUAAUAAAAUAAAUUUUAAUUUAAUUUUUGAGAAAUUGAAAAAAAAUAAAAAAAUUAUAAAAAUAAAAAAACAUCCCUCUUUCCUACCUCUCACUUCCUUGGCUCACUUGCAGUGCAAAAAUUUGUCAUGUCUGACGUCACUCUUACGAUGGCAAGCCAAAAAAAAACAUUCAGCGGGAAAGUUUGUAAACAAACACAACUUUUACAAAACUACUUCAACUUUCCGUUUCUCUCAAUGAACUUUGAUCGUAAUUUCGGUUUAAAAGCUAAUUUUAAACGAUGUUUUUAUUUAUCGACUAUCAUGUUUUAAAACUAAAUCGUUCGGAGUGACAAAAUCAUCGACAAACAUUAUCAAAAUGUUGCAAUCUGUUCAAGCGAGUGACCAGAAUCUCAUCACCGAUCUCGACAAACUCGGGCUGUUCUCAUUCAACGAUAAUAACAACUGUAGUAGCAGUUUAAAAGAAAUCAACCAGCUCCUGAUACAGUUAUUUUCCAAGGUAAAGAUCUACGGUACCAACUUAGAAGCGGAGAAUAAAAACUUGCAGAACAAAUGUGUUUCGUUGGAUGCUAAAGUUCAAGAUCUGAGUAAACCUUGUGCUCAAUGCAUCAAACUCAGAGCUGAUAUCGAUGAUUUCGCCAAGAAGAACGACUCUAGCAAUAAAGUUUUAUUCGAUAGCGACGCCGAUUCUCGCAGUUCGCUUCCGAAAAACGUACAACUCGAAGUGGACAUACCACGAAUUAUAAAAUCGUUGACUCCCGCCAAACUGUCGGAAAAACAAGUACCUGAACCUUCUCCGGUCAAAACACCGCCCUCUGGUAAGAGACAAGAACGUGAACGUGAUACCAGUCCUGUGGUUCAGAAAGUGCCAAGAAGCGGUAAACGAGCCAAGCUAUCUUUAUCCGCUAAAAAAUUCGGGAUCGAUAAAAAUAGUGAUAAAGUGAGCGCGGAUCCGUUCUCCGAGCUGCCAGACGCUCUAGUCAAUAGUAACGAAGACCGAAUGAUCGAAACUAAACCCAAUCCACCACAAGAAAAUGAGAUCAAAGUCGCAUCCGCUGAAUGUAUUACCGUAUCCGAUGAGACGGUUCUGUCAGAUAGUUCGAUUAUCGAACCGAGCCCUGUACCGGUUGUAAAACAUCGUCGAACGAAGAAAUCCAAUCCUUUUCUCGAUGGUAAAUUCAACGCUUACGAGUGCGUCAACGAUGAUUCCACGUUAUCUACGGUAUCGACCAAUAUCUUGGAAAAUCGACCAUCGCAGAGUUUAUUGGAGAAAAAACCCAGCCAAGACGAUAACUCCGGUAAAACGAAAUGGAGUUUGAAAGCUCAACGUGACUUGAGUAGUAAAAACUCGAAAUUUAAACAGACUACGCUCGGCACGAUGUUCGCCAAAAAACCGGUAGAUAUUUCUGCUUCGAACGACUAUAAAGGUGGUGCUGCCUCUAAUGUUACUCUGAAUAGUGUGCCCGAAGAUAUGGAAUUGACCAGUGUGAAUAACUCGUACGUGAAUAGAUCUAAUAAUAAAGAAAAUGUUCCCGUUAAAUUACGCGAUUCCGACGAAGCCAUCCAAGAAUCUAUUUUCUACAGCGAUAACGCCAGAAAGAAGAAAACUUCUUCACUGAAUGACCCAAGUAUCAAAGUAAACGAAAUAUUUUUCCCAACCAAUAAAUCAAAAGACGCGAAUAGACGAUCAAAAAUGGAUCUCGAUUCGAGUCAAGAAACUAUUUUCCACGGAGAUGAAAUCAAAGAAAAGAAAUCUCCGCUAGCUACGGUGAAUACCGCUCUUCAAGAGACAUUUUUCCAGCCCGAAAAACCCAACGAUAAAGUUAAAACUGACGCGGAACUAAAUACAGCUCUGCAAGAAACUUUCUUCACUGUUCAACCUACCGAUGGGAUAGGAAAGAAUGGUUUCACUCCUGUUAAACCAAAUAGUAGAAUUAAAAACGACAAGGAAAUCGAUACAGCUCUCCAAGAAACGUUCUUUAAUCCUUUGAUGGCCAGUACUGCGAAUCUAAUAAUCGAGCCUGAGAAAAAAGCAACUCCGAAGAAAGCUAAAGCUAAACCGGUCGAGUUACCGAAAAACAGCUUCGAUUGUAUUCCCAGUCCUGAUACUCCGAAGUAUAAAUAUCGUCGAGAUGCCGUACGUAAGAAAGCGGAUAGACAAAAAUUACCUGGUCAAGAAUGUCCAACGUGUUUACCUUUCUUUUUAAAAGACAAGGAUAAAAUCAGCGAGACGCAGAUGGAAAUUUUACGAAAAUGUUCUCGUCAUAGAGAUAAAUACCCGAUUUAUUCCAAUACCCCUCCGGGUAUAUGGAAUCCUAGGUUUGACGAUACUGACGAAUCUGAUUAAUUGUAUUCAAUUUCUCUCUUUUUUUUUGCAUUUUUAAAAAUUCGGAUAUUUUGUGAUCAAUUUUACGUACUGUGAUAAGACGGAUAAUGGUUUAUAUUUAACUAUGGUAAUUCUCUCGAGUUCAAUAGUAUUUUAAUUUCAAAGCUUUUGAAAUUUUUUAAUGUCGUAGUUUAGUUAGAAGUUUUAUUUAUUUGGAUUGAGUUUUAUGUAAGAAAUAUUAUUUUAAUAAAAUAUUCAUAUGAUCGUAUUA